GCUGCGCCGCCGAGCGGGAUUGGCCGGGCGCGGGGGGCGGCGGUGACGGCGGGGCUGCCUGGCCGGGCGCUCUGCGGCGCGCACCGGGCCCGGAUGCUGCGGGAGCCGGCGCCGGGACGUUAAACUCCCCGAUGGCCAACGGAGCAGCCGAGCUGGAUAACAUGGAGGUGCAGCUGCAGAACAACAACACCCGCUGGGAGAACACGGAUAACCAGGCCUGGGAUGACACCACAGCCACCGCCAAGCUGUUCGAGUGCUCCCGCAUCAAAGCACUCGCCGAUGAGCGCGAGGCCGUGCAGAAGAAAACCUUCACCAAGUGGGUGAAUUCGCACCUGGCCCGGGUGUCCUGCCGCAUCAGCGACCUCUACGCCGACCUCCGCGAUGGCUACGUGCUGACCAAGCUGCUGGAGGUGCUGUCCGGGGAGCAGCUGCCCAAGCCGACGCGCGGGCGCAUGCGGAUCCACUCGCUGGAGAACGUGGACAAAGCCCUGCAGUUCCUGAAGGAGCAGCGGGUGCACCUGGAGAACGUCGGCUCGCACGACAUCGUGGACGGGAACCACCGCCUGACGCUGGGGCUCAUCUGGACCAUCAUCCUGCGGUUCCAGAUCCAGGUGAUUAAAAUUGAGACGGAAGACAACAGGGAGACCCGCUCGGCCAAGGACGCGCUGCUGCUCUGGUGCCAGAUGAAGACGGCAGGGUACCCGGAAGUGAAUAUCCAGAACUUCACCACCAGCUGGAGAGACGGGCUGGCUUUCAACGCCCUGAUCCACCGGCACAGGCCAGAGAUCAUCGACUUCAGCAAACUCACCAAAUCCAACGCCACUUACAACCUGCAGCAGGCCUUCAGCGUGGCCGAGCAGCAGCUGGGCCUGACCAAGCUGCUGGACCCGGAAGACGUGAACAUGGAGAGCCCGGAUGAGAAGUCCAUCAUCACCUACGUGGUCUCUUUCUACCACUACUUCUCCAAAAUGAAGGCCCUCGCGGUGGAGGGGAAGAGGAUUGGGAAGGUGCUGGACCAGGCGGUGGAGAUCGAGAAGCUCAUGGAGCGGUAUGAGCUGCUGGCGGCCGAGCUGCUGGCGUGGGUCGAGCGCACCGUCGGCAUCAUCAGCAACCAGAAGUUCGCCAACUCCCUGGCCGGGGUGCAGCAGCAGCUCCAGGCCUUCACCACCUUCUGCACCCUGGAGAAGCCGGUCAAGUUCCAGGAGAAGGGGAACCUGGAGGUCCUGCUGUUCAGCAUCCAGAGCCAGCUGCGCGCCCAGGGCCGCAAACUCUACGUGCCCAGCGAGGGCCGGGGCAUCGCCGACAUCAACAAGGCCUGGACCCGGCUGGAGAAGGUGGAGCACGAGCGGGAGGUGUCGCUGCACAACGAGCUCAUCCGGCAGGAGAAGCUGGAGCUGCUGGCCCAGCGCUUCGACCACAAGGCCGGCAUGCGGGAGGCCUGGCUCGGCGAGAACCAGCGGCUGGUGGCGCAGGACAACUUCGGCUACGACCUGCCGGCGGUGGAGGCGGCCAUGAAGAAGCACGAGGCCAUUGAGGCGGACGUCUCGUCCUACGAGGAGCGCAUCCAGGUGGUGGUGGAGCUGGCGCUGGCCCUGGAAGCCGAGGGUUACUACGACGUGCGGCACGUCAGCACCCGGAAGGGCAGCAUCCUGCGCCAGUGGGGGCUGCUGACCGAGCUGGUGGCCGCCCGCAGGGCCCGCCUGGAGCAGAGCCUGGCCCUGCAGAGCAUCUUCCAGGAGAUGGUUUACAUGAUCGACUGGAUGGAGGAGAUGCAGGCCCCGCUGCUGUCGAGGGAGGUGGGGAAGCACCUGCUGGAGGUGGAGGACCUGCUGCAGAAACACGCCCUGCUGGAGGCCGACGUGGCUGCCCAGAACGAGCGGGUGCAGGCGCUCAACCAGGCCGCCCUGAAGUUCUGCGCGCUGGAGGGUUACCAGCCCUGCGACCCCCAGAUCAUCCGCAACCGCGUGACCCACGUGCAGACGUGCCUGGAGGAGCUGUGCCAGCGGGCGGCCCAGCGGCGCACGGAGCUGGAGGCCUCCCGCCAGCUGUGGGCCUUCUUCCAGGAGCUGGAGGAGGUGGAGGCCUGGGUGCGGGAGAAGGAGCAGAUCCUGGCCUCCAAGCCCUGUGGCCGGGACCUGAGCAGCGUGCUGCAGCUGAGCGGGCAGCACAAGCUGAUGCUGGGGGAGCUGGGCGGGCGCCGGGCCCUGCUGCACCAGGCCGGGAAGAAGGGGGAGCAGCUGCUGGCCACCCAGCGCCCCGGCGCGGCCCAGCUGCAGGAGAAGCUGCGGGAGGUGCGGCAGCGCUGGAAGAAGCUGGAGGAGGUGACGGGGACGCACCAGCAGAAGCUGCAGGAGGCUCUGAGCUUCUACCAGUUCAGCGCGGAGACGGACGACCUGCUGGCCUGGCUGCAGGACACCUACCGCCUGGCCUCCAGCGACGACUUCGGGCACGACGAGUACUCCAGCCAGGCGCUGCUCCGCAAGCACGCGGCCGUGGCGCAGGAGCUGGAGCGGCACCGGGCGCCCGUGCUGGCCCUGCGCGCCCAGCUGGCCCGGCUGGCCCCCCAGCACCACCAGGUGCUGGACGUGCAGAUCCGCAUUGUGGAGGUGGAGCAGCUCUACGGGGAGGUGGCCGAGGUGGCCGUGCUGCGGCACCAGUGGCUGCAGGACGCCCUGGCCGUGUACCGCAUGUUCGGCGAGGUCCGCGCCUGCGAGGGCUGGCUGGACGAGAAGGAGCAGUGGCUCUCCGGGAUGCAUGUGCCGCAGGAGCUGGAGGACGUGGAAGUGGUGCAACACAGGUUUGAGAGCCUGGACCAGGAGAUGAACAGCGUCAUGGGGCGCGUCCUGGACGUGAACGAGACCGUGCAGCAGCUGGUGGAGGGGGGCCACCCCAGCGCGUCCGAGGUGCAGUCCUGUCGGGACCACCUGAACGGCAGGUGGAACCGGGUGGUGGAGCUGGUGGAGCAGAGGAAGGAGCAUCUCAGCUCCGUCCUGAGGAUCCAGAACUACCUGCUGGAGUGCACCGAGAUCAAGGCGCAGCUCCGGGAGAAGCGCCGCGCUCUGGAGUCCAGCCAGUACAGCAGCGGCGACCUGGGGAACGUGCUGGCCUUGCAGCACAAACUCUCCGCCAUGGAGGCUGUCCUGGUGGUGCUGGAGCCCAAGCUCCUCGAGCUGCAGCAGGAGGGGGAGGCCUUGGCCACCGCCCACCCGGCCCAGGCGCUGACCGUCCUGCUGCACUUCGAGGAGAUCAGCGAGGAGUGGGAGGCCUUGAAGAACGCCCUGCAGGGCUGCGAGGACUCGCUCUCCGUGGCCAGCCGGCUGCAGCAGUUCAUCCAGGACCUGGACAACUUCCUGACCUGGCUGGUGAAGACCCAGGCGGCCGUGGCCUCGGAAGAGCUUCCCAGCAACCUGCCGGGGGCAGAGCGGCUGCUGAGCCAGCACGCGGCCCUCAAGGAGGAAAUCGACCGCUACGAGGAGGACUACACCAAGAUCCAGGCGGCCAGCGACCUGCUGGCCCUGGAGGAGGCCGACGUCCCCUGCCUCUCGCUCCAGCAGUGGCUGCAGAAGCUGGACGUGGGCUGGAACAAGCUGCUGCAGAUGUGGGAGAGCCGGCGGGAGGCGCUGGUGCAGGCGCACAUCUUCCACCUGUUCCUGAGGGACGUGCAGCAGGCUGAGGCGUGUCUCUACAGCCAGGCGUCCACCCUGGCCCACGCGGAGCUGCCCACCACGGUGGAGGCGGCGACGAAGGCCAUCAAGAAGCACAAGGAUUUCAUAACCACCAUGGAGCUGAGCGUGCCGAAGACGACGCUGGCUCUGCGGGCCGGGGAGAGCCUGGUGCGCCAGGGCAGCCCCUACAGCGAGCGCGCCCAGGAGGAGAUGGCAGCGCUCAGAGACAAGAGCCACCGGAACUUCCAGCUGGCCCAGGAGUGGAUGCAGCAGCUGAACGAUCACUUGGAUCUGCAGCGUUUCUUGCAGAACUGUCACGAGCUCGCCGGCUGGAUGGGGGAGAAGCGGCUCAUGGCCGGGGACCAGGCGGCCAAGCCCCAGGCGCGCUGGCUGCGGCACCAGGCGCUCCGGGCCGAGCUGGCGCAGAACCGCGAGUGGCUGGACAAGAUCGAGCAGGAAGGCCAGCAGCUCCUGGAGGAGAAGCCGGAGCUGGCCGGCUCGGUGAAGAAGCAGCUGGAGGAGAUCCGGCAGUGCUGGGUGGAGCUCGAGGGCACGUCGCAGGCCAGGGCACAGCAGCUCUUCGAGGCCAGCAAGGCGGAGCAGCUCGUGCAGAGCUACGCGGACCUGGACAAGAGGCUGGUGAACAUGGAGGGGCAGCUGCAGGCUGUGGAUGCUGGCGCCAGCCUGGCCACCGUCAACAACCAGCUGAAGAAACUCCAGACGAUGGAGGCGCAGAUGGAGGAGUGGUACAAAGAGGCCGGGCAGCUCCAGGCGCAGCUGGUCUCCCUGCCCCUGGAGCCGGCCAGCAAGGAGGCGCUGGACGAGAAGCAGAACGCGGUGGGGACGCAGAUUGUCCACCUCAUAGAGCCCCUGAAGGAGCGGAGGAGGGUCCUGCUGGCUUCCAAGGAGAUGCACCAGGUCUGCCACGACCUGGAGGGUGAGAUCAGCUGGGUCCAGGACCGGCUGCCGCUCGCCACCUUGCGAGAUCCCGGGAGCAACCUGCAGGCCGUGCAGCACUUCAUCAAGAAGAACCAGAACCUGCGGCGUGAGCUGCAGGUGCACCAGCCCCGGGUGGCCGAGGUGCUGGAGCGGGCGGGCGCCCUCGCCUCCAUGAAGAGCCCCGAGGUGGCCGGGGUGCGGCUGCUGCUGGAGAAGCUGCGGGAGCUGUGGGGGGCGCUGCAGGAGCAGACGGAGCAGCGCCAGCACCUGCUGGACGCCACCUACCAGGUGGAGCAGUAUUACUUCGACGCGGGCGAGGUGGAGGCCUGGCUCGGCGAGCAGGAGCUGCUGCUGAUGAACGAGGAGAAGGGCAAGGACGAGCAGAGCACCCUGCAGCUGCUGAAGAAGCACCUGCUGCUGGAGCAGAGCAUUGAGAACUACGAGGAGACGGUCGCCCAGCUGUCCCGCCAGUGCCGCGCCCUGCUGGAGCUGGGCCACCCCGACAGCGAACAGAUAAGUAGGCGGCAGUCUCAGGCUGACCGGCUCUACGUGUCUCUGAAGGACCUGGCGGAGGAGCGCAAGGCCGGGCUGGAGCAGCAGUACUGGCUCUACCAGCUCAGCCGCGAGGUGGACGACCUGGAGCACUGGAUCGCCGAGAAGGAGGUGGUGGCCGGGUCGCCGGAGCUGGGCCAGGACUUCGAGCACGUCACGCUGCUGCAGGAGAAGUUCACGGCGUUCGCCAGCGAGACGGGCAGCACGGGCCACGAGCGGCUCUCGGCCGUGAACCAGAUGGUGGACGAGCUGAUCGACUGCGGGCACGUGGACGCGGCCACCAUCGCGGAGUGGAAGGACGGGGUGAACGAGGCCUGGGCCGACCUGCUGGAGCUGAUGGAGACGCGGGCCCAGAUGCUGGCCGCCUCCCACGAGCUGCACAAGUUCUUCAGCGACUGCAAGGACCUGCUGGCCCAGAUCGAGGAGAAGAAGCAGCGGCUGCCGGAGGUGGCGGCUCGCGAGUCCCGCAGCUCCGCCGGGGCCCUGCAGCGGGUGCUCAGCUCCUUCGAGCACGACGUGCAGGUGCUGGUGAGCCAGGUGCGGCAGCUGCAGGAGGGGGCGGCCCAGCUGCGGACAGUGUAUGCCGGGGAGAACGCCGAUGCCAUCGCCACCAAGGAGCAGGACGUGCUGCGGGCGUGGAAGGAGCUGCUGGGCUCGUGCGAGGCGUGCCGGCUGCAGAUCACCACCACCACGGACAAGAUGCGCUUCACCAGCUUGGUGCGCGACCUCGUCUCCUGGAUGGACGACGUCAUCUGUCAGAUCGGCACCAGCGAGAAGCCCAGGGACGUCUCCUCGGUGGAGGUGCUGAUGAACUAUCACCAGGGGCUGAAGAGCGAGAUCGAAGCCCGGAGCCAGAGCAUCGCCGCCUGCGUGGAGCUGGGCAAGACUCUGGUGCUCAACAGAAGCCCCGUGGCCGAGGAGAUCAGGGGCCACCUGGAGAAGCUGCUGACCAAGAAGCAGGAGCUGAGCGACAAGUGGGACAAGCACUGGGAGUGGCUGCAGCAAAUGCUGGAAGUGCACCAGUUUGCGCAGGAGGCCGUGGUGGCCGACGCCUGGCUCACGGCCCAGGAGCCCCUGCUGAAGAGCCGCGAGCUGGGCAGCAGCGUGGACGAGGUGGAGCAGCUGAUCCGGCGCCACGAGGCCUUUCGCAAGGCGGCCACCACCUGGGAGGAGAGAUUCAGCUCCCUGCGGCGCCUCACCACGCUGGAGAAGCUGAAGGCCGAGCAGAGCAAGCAGCCGGCCACACCACUCCUGGGCCGCAAAUUCUUGGGGGAGCCCAGCGAGCCAGGCCUCAAGGGCCCGUCGCUGCUGCGCCAGGCCGAGGCAAAGCUGGAGCGUCAGGACCUGCUGCGGGGCCGGCCCCAGGCUCCGGCCCUGCCCAGCGGGGGCCCGGGGGAGCUCGCAGAGGCGCUGGAGCUCAGGGUGGCCUACGUGCGGCAGGAGAUGAAGCCGGAGCGGCUGCAGCCCCGGCUUGACCGCGUGCAGGAGGGCCUGGCCGCUGGCGCCGAGAGGCUCAGGGAGGCGAAGGCGGCGGCUGAGGAGACGCUGGAGGCCAAGCUGAGCCAGCACCUGCAAGUGCCCGCGGCGGGCCCGGUGCUGGUGGAGCUGGCCCAGGUCAGCCGGGCCGAGACGCAGCCGGAGCAGCCGCGGGAGUGGCGCCCGGAGCCCAGUGAGCAGGAGACGCCGCGCCAUGAGCAGGCGGAGAGGCGCCGGGAGCGCCGGGAGCGGCGCCUGGAGCGGCAGGAGUCCAGCGAGCAGGAGACGCCCCGGCACGAGCAGGCGGAGAGGCGCCGGGAGCGGCACGAGCGGCGGCUGGAGCGGCAGGAGUCCAGCGAGCAGGAGACGCCCCGGCACGAGCCCAAAGGGAGUGGCAAGACCACGCUGGCGGAUAUUGUGGAGCAGCUGCAGGAGAAGGAGUCGACCGCGCAGGUGCCGGCCCCGGCCCCGGCCCCGGCCCCGCCCCGCGACUCCCCCACCCGCCUGCCCAACGGCCUCGACCUGCUGCCCGAGAGGACGCCGCGCCCGGAGCGGCCGCGGGCCCGAGACAGGCCCAAGCCCAGGAGGAGGCCGCGGCCCAGGGACCCCAGCCAGCCCCCGGGGGAGAGCCGCAGGUCCCGCUCGGCGCCGGCCCAGAGUGCCCCGCCCCCCCCGCCCCCCACCCACACCGUCCAGCUGGAGGGUUUCCUCUUCCGCAAGCACGAGCUGGAGGCGCCCAACAAGAAGGCCUCUAACAGGUCCUGGGUAAACCUGUACUGCGUCCUGAGCAGAGGGGACCUGGGCUUCUACAAGGAUGCCAAGGGGCAGGCGUCGGGCAGCACCCACGGCGGGGAGCCGCCGCUCCCCCUGCACCAGGCCACCAGCCACGUGGCCACUGACUACAAGAAGAAGAAGAACGUCUUCAAGCUCAAGACCAGCGACGGGAACGAGUUCCUGCUGCAGGCCAAGGACGAGGAGGAGAUGAAGAACUGGCUCCAGGCGCUGGCUGCCUCCGCCGAGGAGCACGCCGAGAUCGCCCGCUGGAGCCAGGCGCUGCUCACCACCUCCUCCACCGACGAAGGCAACCCCCGGCGGGAGGGCGACCGGCGGGCCAGCACGUCCGGCAGGAGGAAGUGAGGUGGCCGGGGCAGUGCCGGGGCAGUGCCGGGGCAGUGCCGGGGCAGAGGGGAGCCGCGCCCCCCCACGGUCUGCAGCGUCCCUGCGCGCCACGCGCCGAGCCAGCCCCUCCGUCUGCACACGUCCCGGACAGCCCCCGCCCGCUGCAGGAGGGGGCCCAUGGGGAGAGGGGAGCCCGGGCGCUGGAAGGACGCCAGCACCACUCUGUUCGCCGUCCGGUGCCAGGAGUCCAGCCCGGGUCAGCCGGCCCGGCUCCUCGCCACGGGAUGAUAUAUGCAAAACCGGCCCCGCGUGAGGCUGGGGGGGAAACUCCACCGGACUCAGAGACUCUGUGCAGUGGGGAAGGGCCUCUCCACUUCAUUUCAUCCCCUGGGGGGCACGCAGGAGCCUCCCCCUCCCUGCGUGGGGCGGGGCCCAGAGAGGGGCCGGCAGUUCUGGUCCCUCCCCGGGCUGGGAAGCCGCUGGGUGUUUCAGGGCGGGGGAGGGGGUGCUUUUCGGACAGAUGCUCCCCGGGGGGUUAAGCAUUUUGGGUCAUUCACAUAAGGGAACCGGGCACCUGGCCCUCGCUCAGCCCACUAUGGACAUGGGCCCGUUGCACGGGGGCCGGGUUCCGAGCACACGCAGCGCUGGGUUUCCACGGCUCUCGGGGCCGGUUGCACGAGGGCCGGGUUCCGAGCACACGCAGCGCUGCGUUUCCAUGGCUCUCGGGGCCUGUCGCACGAGGGCCGAGUUCCGAGCACACGCAGCGCUGCCUUUCCACGGCUCUCGGGGCCCGUUGCACGGGGGCCGGGUUCCGAGCACACGCAGCGCUGCCUUUCCACGGCUCUCGGGGCCUGUCGCACGGUGGGUGGGUUCUGAGCACACGCAGCGCUGCGUUUCCAUGGCUCUUGGGGCCUGUUGCAUGGGGGGCGGGUUCCGAGCACACGCAGGGCUGGGUUUCCACGGCUCUCGGGGCCCGUUGCACGGGGGCCGGGUUCCGAGCACACGCAGCGCUGCGUUUCCACGGCUCUCGGGGCCUGUCGCACGAGGGCCGAGUUCCGAGCACACGCAGCGCUGAGUUUCCACGGCUCUCGGGGCCUGUCGCACGGGGGCCGGGUUCCGAGCACACGCAGCGCUGGGUUUCCACGGCUCUCGGGGCCUGUCGCACGGGGGCCGGGUUCCGAGCACACGCAGCGCUGGGUUUCCACGGCUCUCGGGGCCUGUCGCACGGGGGCCGGGUUCCGAGCACACGCAGCGCUGGGUUUCCACGGCUCUCGGGGCCUGUCGCACGGGGGCCGGGUUCCGAGCACACGCAGCGCUGGGUUUCCACGGCUCUCGGGGCCUGUCGCACGGGGGCCGGGUUCCGAGCACACGCAGCGCUGGGUUUCCACGGCUCUCGGGGCCUGUCGCACGGGGGCCGGGUUCCGAGCACACGCAGCGCUGCGUUUCCACGGCUCUCGGGGCCUGUCGCACGAGGGCCGAGUUCCGAGCACACGCAGCGCUGCGUUUCCACGGCUCUCGGGGCCCGUUGCACGGGGGCCGGGUUCCGAGCACACGCAGCGCUGCGUUUCCACGGCUCUCGGGGCCUGUUGCACGGGGGCCGGGUUCUGAGCACACGCAGCGCUGAGUUUCCAUGGCUCUUGGGCCCGUUGCACGGCGGGUCGAUUCUGAGUACACGCAGCUCUGGGUCUGGACAGCUCUCGGGGCCUGUCGCACGGCGGGUCGGUUCUGAGCACACGCAGCACUGGGUUUGCACAGCUCUCGGGGCCCGUCGCACGGGGGCAGGUUCCAAGCACACACAGCACUGGGUUUCCACGGCUCUCGGGGCCUGUCGCACAAGGGCCGGGUUCUGAGCACACGCAGCGCUGCGUUUCCACGGCUCUUGGGGCCUGUUGCACGGGGGCCGGGUUCCGAGCACACGCAGCGCUGCGUUUCCACGGCUCUCGGGGCCUGUCGCACGGGGGCCGGGUUCCGAGCACACGCAGCACUGCGUUUCCAUGGCUCUCGGGGCCUGUUGCACGGUGGGUGGGUUCUGAGCACACGCAGCGUUGGGUUUCCAUGGCUCUCGGGGCC